AUGUUUAUAGUAUAGCUUUGCGCGUUGCGCGCGCAUCGCAUCUGCCCGACCGACUAUGGCGGACAGGCAGUGAAGAAUGUUUGUAGUCUUUUUUAAAUCGGGAAGUAUCGACGGUAGCCAAUGGCAUAAUCCGAGUUUUUUGUAAAAAUUGUACAUUGUAAAUAGUCCUGUGUACAUAUAGUAAUUAUAUUUGUGGUCGUUUUGUUUAGAAAUUGUGUGAAUAGUGUAUUAUUUUGAGUGUUUAUUCGAUUCAGUCUUCGACGCCGACAAAUCUCAUAAUCUAGGAGUUAGUACAUUGGUACAUAAUACAUACCAUCCAAAUUCAAAAUUUUAUAAAUAAAAUCACCUUUUAAUCGUCAGCAUCACCUAUUGUCUUUGUGUUUAUCUUGAGAAACGGACCGUUGCAGUUUCUUGCAAUAUUUUGAUUCUCAUAGCGGCUGUCAUCGUGCUUCGAUAAAACUAGUAGCUGUCAUUACAAAGACAAAAAGACUAUUAUAGUCUUUAAAUGGCUUCAGUAUUCAUUUCUACGAGUUGUGCAUAGUAAUUUUGAUCAUGAUAAACGGUCGAAUUCCCAUUUGACUCGAAUAAUCUAAGCGGUUAAGCUUUAUCGUAUCUAUAAACAGAAGAUUGAAGGAUACUGUUAGGAUACUGUUUACGGUUGUGAAGGACUGAAGAAAAAUAAAACUGAAUGCUCGAGCCUCACGGUAGCCCAAUGAAGUGGCCGGGCACGGGUGGAGAGGAAGAGGCGGGUGAAGCAGCGCGAGUGGCUCAAACUCGCGCCCAAGAUGAUGCUGCCGUGCAUUAUGUGUUCCAGCGUGAGUCCCAAGAAGCAGAGUUACCUUCACUAGCACCUAAACAACGCUGGGCUGUCGGUGACGAUUCUAUUGCAGAGAAUCAAGAUAAAUGGAAAAAUCCUACACCGAUUACAAUGAAUAACAUACAACAAGGCCCUGUACAAUUAAAGAACUCUCAGACAAACCAGCAACAGUAUAUUAAUCAGGCAAUAGCCUCAUCUGUUGGUAAUUUGGCUAUAAACCCCUCAGUAAUUGGAAGUCAUCCAGCACAUUUGACCACAAAUAUGGUCCAUACACAGUUGGCACCAUUACAGAAUCACACAUUGGGUAAUAAUUUAACUAUACAGAAUAACGCUAUGAUGUUGCCACAACUUCAGGGCAUUCAAAAUGCACCGCAAUUAAGCCAACAUGGUUUAUAUGAUAUGCAGCAACAUCCAGGAAAUCCUAUACAGGCUAUGAAUGGCAUUGGUAAGAGUGCUGAACACCUCAUGUACUUAAGCCAGGCGGGUAUGCUUGCUCCUGGAACAAAUCAGUUUCUACAACAAGGACAAAACCAAUUGGGAAUGACCCCUGUCGCUACCAUUAGAAAUCAGAUUGCACCCUCUGCAAAAAAAUUAUGGGACAAAGGCCCUGGAGCUGGGGGCGAUAGCAAGGGUCCACCACAUCUCCCUCCAUUGCAGCUUAAUCCAGAACAAAUGUGGCGUGAUCCCACUUGGUCUGCUCAAGCAGUGGAACACAAUGUGGGAGUUCCGAUGAUGGGCACGCGGCGCGGGGUCGCCUUCCCCGGCGGCGACGCGAGCAGCAUCCUGUCCCCGCGCGACACCGCCGGCCUUGGCGUCAAGAUGGUGGAGUACGUGUUGCGGGGAUCGCCCACGGAAGGAGGCGGAGUGGCGGGUGGUGGAGAGAAGGUGGCGGGCGUGGUGGCGGGCCUGCGCGGCAUGGUGCUGGAGGAGCGCGCCGACGACAAGGCCGGCUCGCCCUUCGACAAGGACCUGCACGAGCUGCACGACCACGCGCCCAUGCCAAACGGCCUGCACAACGGCCAGGAGGACGACAAGGCCUUCAACCGCACGCCGGGCUCGCGCCAGCCGUCGCCGGCGGAGGAGGAGGGCGGCGGCGCGGGCGCGGCGGCGGGCGGCGCGGGCGCCGUGCGCAACGGCGACGCGGCCGCCUUCCCGCUGCUGCCGCACGCGCUGCCCGCGCCGCCGCCGCAGCCGCUGCACCACCUGCCGCACCUGCAGCACCCGCAGCACCAUCCUGGAAUGCUUGGUGUCGCGCCCCUGCAGGGAUUGCCACAUCCACAACACCCACAAAUACAUCCUGGAAUGACGCUAAACGACUCAAUGAAUCAACACAUCGAACUCGUUUUACAAAUGGAACAACAUCCGCAAUUCGAUAAUAACAGUUUUGCUAGCACACAACAGUACGCGGGGGGCGUGGGCGGCGUCGGCGGUGUGGGUGGAGUGGGCGGCGUCGGGGGCGUGGGCGGCGUGGGCACGGUGGGCGGCGCCAGCAGCGGCGUGGGCGGGGCCGGACUCGUCAACGGCGCCUCGGUCGUGCAACCAACUCCCGACUCGCAGCACCACCAGCCCUUCGAGCUACAGCAACUGUUCCGAUCACAACAAGCGGCCGCGGCGGGCGGACAGGCGGCGGCCCAGCUGCAGCUGCUGCAACAGCAGCAGCAGCAACAGUUCCAGCUGCAACAGCAGCUCGCGGCGCAGCAGGCCUUCACACAGGCGCCGUACGUGAUCAACGCCGGGCAGGAGGGCGCGCCGUACGUAGGCGCAUUAAUCGCCGGCGUGCCGCCGUACUACGGCGUGGCGGCGCCGUGGGGCGUUUACCCGGGGCUGGUACAGCAGCAGGCGCAGCAGCCGCGCCGGCCGCUCACGCCGCAGGCCGGCGAGCAGCAGGUGAACGGGCAGGGCCAGUACGUGAUCCCGUACUACGACCCCGGCUCGCUGGUGAUGGGCGCGCGCAACGGCACGCCGCUGCGGCUCGUGUCGCCGGGCGGCGUGCUGGCGCCGCGCCAGUACCCGCAACCCGCACACCCCGCCGCGCCCGCGCCCGCGCCGCAGCAGCAGCAGCAGCCCGGCGGCGCGACGGCGGCGCGGCGCGACUCGCUGGAGUUCGGCGGCGGCGCGGCGCUGCAGGAGUACGCGCGCAAGUGGGGGCCCUCGCCGCUGUCGCCGCCGCUCGGCGCCGCGCUGGGGCCCGUGGGCCUGCGCGCCGUGUCCGCCGCGCCCGGCGCCGAGACCGCCAAGUACAGAGCCGUCAGCAGUUUAGCGCAAGGCCUAACGUCGAAUGGUGGAAUGUUCGGAUCAUCAUCUUCGUUAUUGAGCAAACUCAGUGGCGUCGGAACUAUCUCAGAACUAGUGGGCGGUGGCGUGGGUGGCGUGGGCGUAGGGGUCGGCGUGGGCGUAGGCGUAGGGUCGGUGGGCGCGCUGGUGGCGGGCGACAAGCCGGCGGCGGGACGCUCGCGCCUGCUCGAGGACUUCCGCAACAACCGCUUCCCCAACCUGCAGCUGCGCGACCUCGCCAACCACAUCGUCGAGUUCUCGCAGGACCAACACGGCUCGAGAUUUAUACAACAGAAAUUAGAAAGAGCGACAGUUCAGGAAAAGUUAAUGGUAUUUAAUGAAAUCAUCGGAGCCGCCUAUAGCCUCAUGACAGAUGUGUUCGGUAAUUAUGUAAUACAGAAGUUCUUCGAGUUCGGCACCACGGAACAGAAGACGACGUUAGCACAAAAGGUGCGAGGCCAUGUCCUGGCACUGGCGCUGCAGAUGUACGGCUGCCGGGUAAUUCAGAAGGCGCUGGAGUCCAUCCCCGCCGAGCAGCAGCAGGAGGUGGUGCGUGAGCUGGACGGACACGUGCUAAAGUGCGUCAAGGACCAGAACGGAAACCACGUCGUACAAAAGUGUAUAGAGUGCGUGGAGCCGACGGCGCUGCAGUUCAUCAUCAACGCGUUCGCGGGGCAAGUGUACGCGCUGUCGACGCACCCCUACGGCUGCCGCGUCAUCCAGCGCAUCCUGGAGCACUGCACGCCCGAGCAGACCGCGCCCGUGCUGGCCGAGCUGCACGCGCACACCGACCAGCUCAUACAGGACCAGUACGGCAACUACGUGGUGCAGCACGUGCUGGAGCACGGCGCGGCGGAGGACCGCUCGCGGCUGGUGGCGGCCGUGCGCGGCAAGGUGCUGCAGCUGUCGCAGCACAAGUUCGCGUCCAACGUGGUGGAGAAGUGCGUGUCGCACGCCACGCGCACCGAGCGCGCGCUGCUCAUCGACGAGCUGUGCGGGUUCAACGACAACGCGCUGCACGUCAUGAUGAAGGACCAGUACGCCAACUACGUGGUGCAGAAGAUGAUCGACGUGGCCGAGCCCACGCAGCGCAAGGUGCUCAUGCACAAGAUCCGCCCGCACGUCGGCUCGCUGCGCAAGUACACGUACGGCAAGCACAUCAUCGCCAAGCUCGAGAAGUUCUUCAUGAAGGCGCCCGAGCUGGGCCCCAUCGGCCCGCCGCCGCCCAACCCUGUCCUGUAGUCUGUGUAGACAAGUAUUAACGCCCGCGGAGAUGGCUGAUGCGACGGCGCGGGUAUCCCCGCCUAUUAUAAAUUUGUGAAUAUUUACUAUUGUACAUUUGUAACUAUAGAGCCGUCGCCCGGCCGGGGCGCGGCACGGCGCCCUGUACAUAGUAGCGGCAGACUGAUGUACAGAACGAUACGAUUACUGUAUACUGUAACAAUAGUUGUACAGCGUCGACGCCGACCGGUGCUCGGCCGUCGUGUCACCGCGGCGUAGCGAUUACUGCGUUUCUAGCUCUUAAGUGUUCUAGUAUUAUUCGUUGUUCGUAUGAAUCUUAUGUAUAAAUAUUUGAACGUCUCUCAUUCUCGUGUAAUUUAUGAAUCGAAGGAAAGCUGCGGUCCGAUGAACCCAUGCGUUUCCGUAAUUUAGCUCGUUGUAGAUUUACUAUUAGCUGGGCUAGGGGACCUUGAAUCUUCGAAAGUGAUGAUAAAUGCCGCAGGCAGUUCUAGACAAUCGGCACUAUAGUCGUGAUUUAAUGUUAUUAUUAUUUUGUAGUUUUCAAGUCGAGCUCUCGUUUAAGUUAGAAACCGGCUUUAAAAUCGUACAUAACUUAUCGAAUAUUUUAGCGCCGGCGUUGUAUAGUUUUUCAAUUAUAAUUUUGUGAAAAUGAUAUUUUUGUAUAUUUUUAUGUAACGUGUAACUUAAGUUAUUUAGUUGCCCCGAGCAGGGGCGCGCUUCGAGCGGGCGAUGCUUAUGUUGUGUGCGUAGGUUAUAGUGAUGAUUGUAAAGUCCUGUACUGAUAGUUGUAGUCCGAGGUCUGCCUUGCCGGUUGCACGUCACAAGCGUAGCUGCUCCUCAUUCCCCCUCUGUAAUUAUUUUUAUAGGAAGCGUAGUUUCCUACGACACCUCAGAUUUUUUACGUCUAGAUGUAAUUGAAAAUAAAAUUAUUGUAUAUGGCUGUACAAAAAUGUUAACAAAAUGAUUUGUAAAACCUGUAUGUGAUGGAAUAAGGCGGGGCGUCGAGAGCGACGAGGUAUGACUGAUCGCGGCUCCAGCCGUCCCGCCUUGUAGGUUGUACUAGAUAACAUUUAUAUGAUGAUCCAUCUAUUUAGAAUUAAUUAAUAAAGCAUUUCUGUAAUAAUAUUACAAAGUA